UCCAAUGGCGCCGCCCGAGUUCUCUUUCGCUCUCCCCUCUCCUCGCCUCCGGAUUCUUAACCUCCCGAGCUCUCUUCUUUGCCUGUCCCUCUUCUCCUCUCCUCCGGACCUCCGCCUCCGCCCUCUCCUCCCCCUUGCCGACUACUUCCGCCUCCCCGUCGACAGCCGCCCAAGGAGACCAUCCUUAUCACAGCCAAGAACUUCCUAUCUCUUUACCUCGCUCGCAUCGCUCGGGUUUCAAUUUACUUUCUGCAGGUUUUUAGAGUUGUUAGGGUUUUGCCGCCGUCGUUCUCUCGAUUCUUUUGGUGGUGGAGAUAGAGAGAGGCGAGAUACAAUAGAGUCAUGCCGCGGCCGGAGAUACAGGCCCCGCCGGAGAUCUUCUACAACGAGGCGGAGGCUCGCAAGUAUACCACCUCCUCUCGAAUCAUCGAAAUCCAAGCGAAGAUUUCUGAGAGGGCUCUGGAGCUUCUUGCCUUGCCCAACGACGGGGUUCCCCGGCUGCUGCUCGAUAUAGGCUGCGGCUCAGGACUUAGUGGUGAGACCCUGUCCGAGAAUGGGCACCACUGGAUUGGCUAUGACAUUUCACAGUCAAUGCUUGAUGUCGCGCUGGAGCGUGAAGCGGAGGGUGAUCUUUUGCUUGCUGAUAUGGGCCAGGGCCUAGGCUUGAGACCAGGAGUCAUUGAUGGUGCCAUCAGUAUCUCGGCCGUUCAGUGGUUAUGUUACGCUGACAAGUCCUCUCAUGAACCAAGGAUGCGAUUAAAGGCUUUCUUUGGAUCAUUAUAUAGAUGCUUAGCAAGGGGAGCUAGAGCAGUGUUGCAGCUAUAUGCUGAGAAUAUAAAUCAGAGUGAGAUGAUCAUGAGUUAUGCCAUGCGUGCUGGAUUCGCAGGUGGUGUUGUUGUUGACUGGCCUCACAGUUCAAAAGCAAGGAAGGCUUACCUUGUUCUCACUUGUGGUCCACCUUCCAUGCAAACAUCGCUUCCAAAGGGCAGAGGUGAAGAUGGUGAGAUGUGCAGUGAUGACGAUGAGAGUGGUGAUGAUGAAAGUCAAACGGUUGGCAUAUAUGAUCGAAACCGGCCAAGGAAGAAGUUAAAAGUAAACAAGAAAGGGAAAGGGAGAGAAUGGGUUCUUAAGAAAAAGGAACAGAUGAGAAGAAAAGGGCAUGAUAUACCUCCUGAUACAAAAUACACAGCUCGCAAAAGGAAGGCACGCUUUUAAGUGGUCUAAUCAAAGUUUUCUGUUCAAGUUAAAUCACAUGCAAAUUUUUGUUUGAGGGAACAAUAAUAUCUUAUUAAUGCUAUUUCCUGUUUUAUUUAUAAGAUAGAGGUUUCUGGGCUACCUCAUACAGAGGCGUUGUGUGUAAGCUGGCUUUUGAAAGCAUUUGCUUCAUUUGCGAGCCAUUUGGGCAUUUAAAGCGUCCCAUGUUUUCAAAGAAGGUAAUCAGGUGACUGAUUUUGUGGCAUCAGGAUCCAAGAUGUUAGAAAUAGGGAGAUACAAUUCCUUCUAACCUUAAUUCUGUUAAUGGACGAUGAUAUAGGUCUGGUUUUGUAA